AUGGACGGAAUCGAACGCAGCGGCAAAGUUAACAAAGCCGACGGCUGUUGGUUGUUGGUAGCUAUGGCGGAAUUCAAGGAUCCGUCUCAGUGUGAGUACCUGGCCCUCACAUCCGCGUCCAGCGCGAAAUCCGACUUGGUUAGGUCGCGUCCUGGAGCCGCGCACAGACUAGAUCCGUCUCAGGAGAACAGUGGCGAAGAUCUUCGCAGCAACGUCGAUAAGGUUUAUGCCGCGGUAGUUUGCACAUCUCGUAUUAUCCCCUUUCUUGUGGACAGGCACAAGGAUGCUCGAGCCCUUGUCAUCAGGAACUGCCUCGUCUCUCCACGCUUGUCCAAUCACCCCUCUCUGUGUGGCUCGAAUUAUCUGUUUGUUGAGGAAAUAGGGGCAACAAGCUGA